CUUAUGUUCUACGCAGAUGACUUCACUGGUUGAAAAAUGUGCUGAUGUUACACUUCGUCAUCUCAAGAAGGCGGCAUCUAACGAAGAGGAUAUCGAGCUCAAACAUUUCUAUGGCAACUACUCUCUCGACGUAAUUGCGAGGUGUGCCUUCGCCACGGAGUUGGACUCUUACAGCGACAACACAAACGAAUUUGUGACAAAGACAAGGGAGUCCUUUUCUGGACGCAUCUCGCCGCGGAUUCUCUUUUCCUUUGCGUUUCCAAGAAUAGCGAAAGCGCUUGGGAUUCAGCGGGCUAUCUCUGACUCGUUUGAGUACUUUGUACAGAUUUGCAAAACCAUUAUCAGAAAGCGACAAGACAAGCAGGAACGUCAUGAUGACUUUCUCCAACUAAUGAUGGACGCGCAGGAAAGCGAUCUGAACGCAGCAGCAGAAAAUGUUUCGGAACGAGAGGACAAGCUGUUCAACCUUGGUUCGGAAAUGAGAUUGACUGCCCCGGUGACUCCAAAUAAGACACUCACCGAAGACGAAGCCGUGGCCCAGUGUGUGCUGUUUCUAAUUGCCGGCCAGGACACGGUGUCCACUGCGAUCGCCCACACCCUCUAUCUGCUGGCCAUCCACCCUGAAGUGCAGGAGAAGCUCAGGAAAGAAGUUGACGACUGCUUUGUGACUAACGGCGAACACCCAAGCUUGGAUGCCGUAUUGAAGCUGAAGUACCUUCACUGCGUUGUUUCGGAAUCAUUGCGUAUUUACCCUCCAUCAACGAGAAUUCAGCGAACAGCAGACAGCGAUUACAUUCUAAGCCACACUGGUGUCAAAGUGAAGAAAGGUGACGUCAUUGCAGUUCCCAUUUACUCUAUGCACCAUGACCCCCGAUAUUUUAGCAAUCCAUCAACCUUCAACCCGGAAAGAUUUAGCGACGAGAACGCUGCGUCCGUUCUGCCUUACACGUACCUCCCAUUUGGUGCUGGACCUCGCAACUGCAUUGGCAUGCGCUUUGCGCUGCAGGCUGUGAACCUCGCUGUGCUGCACACCAUUCACAACGUUCGUUUGGUUCAAACUGAAAAGACAAAAGUGCCCCUGGAAUUCCACCGAAGCGCAUUCCUAACAGCGAAGGACAUCACAGUGGGAAUUAGGAGACGAGAGCAUGAAAAUUCUCAAGUGUUCUAAAUCUUAUGCGCACUUGCGGUUUAUUCUCGUAAUUGCGUAUGAAUGAAGUCUAUGAAAAGCACA